AGAGAAAUACACAGGGGAUAAGGCGGAAAAGCGAGCAAACCCAGGGAAGGAAAGGGGUAAAAACACACAGGGGGAAUUAAUGCGAAAACUGCUGAGAAGCUAAAGGAGAGAGAAAGAGAGGGAAAAUUACAGACACUGCAGGCGGAGAGGAAGAAAAAGACACUCGGGGUAAGGAGGAAUAUAACAAAAACUGGGUAGGGAGAAAAUACUAAACUUGGAGAAACGCAAGGAAGGAAAAAUAUAGUAGGAUCUGUAAGGAAACAAGGGAAGAGAGAACGGGAUACAUAAAAUUGCAGGGGAGAAAGGCAACUUCAGAAAGGACAACAGACACCCAGUGAAAGCAAGGUAUUUUACCAACAUUGAAAAAAAAAAGUGGAAAUAAUAACGGGCAGAGAACUGAAGAAGUGGAACAUAAAGAAUAUUACAGGAAUGGCAGAGUGAGAAGAGAGAGAAACAGGUGAAGCAGACAGGCAAAGAGGGAGCAAUAUAGAAUAAGCAGGUUGGUGAUAUACAAAUUAGAGCAAGGGAUAAACCAGUGAGAGAAAAUAGAGGGGGAAAAUAGAAGAAACGGUCAGAAUGCAAUAAGUGUAUAGAAGGAACUUAAUAUAAAACAACAAAUGAAAUACUGAAACCCAAACAAGAGGAAUAAAUAUGUGAAGAGGGGGAGUGUAAAUAUCAGGAGAAAGAGAAGUUAAAUUGAAAAUACUUAAAUGCACAGAAAUCAGAGGAAGUAUAAGUAACAAACACAGCCGGAAAUCAUACAAGGUUUAAAAAAAAGGACUCUCAUAUGAUAUGACAUUGAGCAGUUAGAACAAAGAAAGUCAGAACGGAAGACAAAUUGAAAGGGAGGAGUGAACAUAGAUGGGAUAAAGGGGAAGAUUAAGAAAACUGUACUCAUUACACGCACAGCUAGGCGGCAGAUAGUCACUGGGAUCAUCUGAGAGCAGGGCUACAGUGAAAUAGGUGAAGAACCUGAAAUUAGAAGAGAAAAAUUAGUAAUUCCAGCAUGGGGAGGAAGAAGAAAUCUCUGCAUGAUUAUGCUGCUGAAUUCUGUGAUCUGUCAGUGAAGAGACACAUUGUCGAGCAAAAGGAAGGAGGGGAGAGAGAUUUGGUGGAGAUUCUAUACUGUAAAUCCUGUGAGAUCCCGAUGAGCGCUCGGAGGGAUCGCAUUUUAGAGCACUUGGCAUCAGCCAGGCACUACCGCAACAAACGAUUGGAGAAGCAUACCUCAGCCAGGCUUCAUGCAACUACGUUACUCAUGUCUCCUCCUGUGGACUUUGCUGCUGGUAUGUCUGUGCUCGAUCAAUCUGUUCUACCACAGUCAUCAUCUUUUGUAUUCCAACCCAACCCAUGUCCCACCAGCUUCAGCAACAACAUUCCAUCCCCAGUAUCUCACCAUCAGAACAUGAUCUCAUUUAGAACAAGCGUGUCCAACUCCACUACCAGCACAGUGACAAUCUGCCAUGACAUGGCUACCUCAAACUCCCCCUCAGGUUCGUCACUUUUAUUCAAUGGCUUUCAAGUCCUUGGUCAUUCACACUCUUCAAGAUCCAGUGGCCAAAGGCACAUCGCUCCUGAAGCUUCCAAUAAUGUUGCUUCCAACAUGACAAUAGGAGAAUAUGGGAAUGGUGGUUUGUUGGGCAGCCGCAUUGGACUGGCACUGUUUGGAGUUUGCAGUGGCAGCAGAGCUUUGUUUAAAAGCAUCGAAGAGGAGAGUGGCUGCCGCUUGCUGUACAUUGUGGAGGAUUGCAUCCAGGAUUUGGAAUGUUCCUUCAGCACGGACGUUCUUGCGAACACCAGGGUGUUGCGGGGGCAGGACGCUGACAUUGUGCUCAAUGACCAACGUGUCUCAGGAAUUAUUAUUUGCUCGCUGGCGGAAGAAGGCUCGGAAAUAGUCCUGGAUGCUUUACGCGCAGGUAAAGGGGUAUUCUGUGAAAAGUUACUGAGUUUAGACAAACAAAUGGCUGAAUCAUGCUUCGAUGAAGCUGCAAGAUGUGGGCAACCUCUGGUCUGCGGACUCUAUAAACGUUUUGAUCCAGCCGUGCAGUUCUUGUACAAAAAAGUUCACAAUAAAGCUCUGGGGAGGAUUCAACGAAUAGUCAGUGUCAGUAGGACCUACCCUUCUCUGUCUCUCAGCUAUAUCAAAAAAACAGGUGGGAUAUUCUACGAUGGUGUAGUACACGACUUAGAUACUGUCUGCUGGCUACUUGGAGAAAAUGCUCCGGAUACCAUAUUUUCAUUGGGUCAUGCCUUCUGCCAAGAAAUUGCAGCCCUUAAGGAUGCUGACACAGUCUCAGUCAGCAUGAAAUUUGCCAGUGGUGCUAUAGUCACGCUUGAUGUCAGCCAACAUUGUACACGGAGCAGUGACCAGAGGUUGGAAGUUCAUGGAUCGGAAGGGACACUAAGGAUGGACAAUCAGAACGUGCUGGGGAUAACUGAGCAGGGCACACCAAGACCUGUGUGCUCCCACUUACAUUAUGACCGAUACAAAGAUGCUUAUAGAGAUCUGCUGAAACACUUCCUCAAGACUCUGAAAGGGAAGGAAGAGCCGUUUAUCACAAAGGAGAACUUCCUGUGGACGAUUCAGGUUGCAGCGGCUGCAGAGCAGUCUUGGAGGAAUGGUUCAGCAGUGGAUCUGCGGAAUGAACCCCUCGACGGCACUGUUAUUAAAACUGAAGUGCCCUGAAAAGAACAAGACAUGAUUGGAAGUUGAGGACCAUGUUUAAUCGCAACCUGUGGCAGUAACUUGCCGGGGAGAAGAGGAAAUAAAGUGAACCGAGAACUGUUCUGUAAACUGUUCGGUACUCUUGUGAACCGAUAUUUGUAAAGGAAGAAUUUUAUUCUAAGUAGUGGGUUAGACUGGUAGCAAAUAGACCCAGCAUGGGGUGGGGGUGGGGGGCGGGGGGACAGUGAGUUAACCCACCGUAAAGAUCUGAUUCUGUAAUGUCCCACCAAGAACCUGCUGCUGUACCAGCACUCCCCAAUUAGCAAUGCCUAGUAUUAUGAAUGUUGCACAGGAAGAAGUGGGAAUUCCAACAUAUGGAAACAUUUGUAAGUAUCUGCUGAUGGAUCAGUAGAGACCCAUUGCCUCCCCCUCCCUCCCCGCUCCUCGACUUGUACUACUCCUGCUUUUCAGCAACAGCUGAUUAUUCUACCUGUUCCUACCCGUAAGCGUAUUGAACUUCAGAACAGUACAGAUGGAAUUGCGAUACUUUUGUGUAGGUGAAGCACUCCCAGAAGUGCAUCAGGAGUGUAGAGACUGUAUUUUGAGACCCAGGUUAAACAUCUAUUCAGAUUGCCUUGGGAUGUGAUGAGAAUUUUUUCUGCCCAUGAAUUGGAAGCAUAUUUCCAUAUCAUUUCCUGGUUUGAUGGCAGUGGAUUAACACAAGUACUGUAUAUGUGUAACCAAUGUGACUCAGCCUGCGCAUGUUUUAUUUGCUGUAUUUUAGAUGCAAUACUGGCAUUUUUACAAUCCUGUAACUUAAUUGAUUUAACAGAAUUAGGUCUAAUGUACACUGUAGGUUAAAAGGGUAAUUUAUUUAGAAAUAUAAGUGCUUUUAUAUUUGUAAUUAUUGGGCUGUUUAGGAUUGCUUCUAAACAUUACUAUACUUGCUGGACUUGUUUUUACUAGUGCAGAGGCAACAGUGCUGAAUUGGGGGUUGGACAGUUAAUAAGAAAGUAACCCCUGUUUUAACUGAAAGGAAUAGAAAUGAAUGGUUAAUUUUUAUUUAAAAAACUGUAAACUUUUUAAUAGGUAUAGUGAAUUUCUCCUUUUCUGUAUGAAAUGCAUUUUGUGAAUACAAUGAAUGUUAAUUUCACCCCAAA